AUGGAAAUAAAUCAGGUAGCUAUCAGGGAAGGUCUAGAGUCAGAAGAAAGUGAUGCCAGGCAAUCAGCCCACAGCAGUACCGGAAGCAGACGAUCCAGGACCGACUCUAGGAGGAUGAACCAAAUACAGGAAUCUGUGCUCCGACAGGAGGUCACAACACAAAGAAGCCAGGAUACUCUCAAUAACAUGACGGCCAUGAUGCAAUGGCAGGUCAACAUGCAGUUCAGAAAGGAUUGUGAGGCUGCCAUGACCAGAAUUCCAAAUCUGGAUGCUGUAGUCCAGCAGCUAGACCUCCCCUAUGGUCCUUCACCAGGAUUAGCAUGGUCAUACCAGGAAAACCCUCUCAUUGCACAAAUAGCUGGGAUGCUGUGGCAUGGAGAGAUCCAGACUGGACAGAGAGGAGAAGCCCUUCCCAUCCAAGAAUGUGAGACCCCAGUCCUGCCAGUAGGCCCUGCACCAGUUCGGAUCCAACAGAACCAGCAAGAACCUCAACCUAUUCCACAACCUGUGGCCCCACAUAAUCAACAUUUGACACUUCUGCCUGAGCCACUGGCAGUUUUGCCAUAUAGGCCCAGAAGGAUGGAUCCCAAUCCAUUUCUUCCACCUACAAGAGGCAGAAGAGGCAGAUGGGGAAACAACCCUUUUGCUAACAAUAACAAGGACAUGCUGGGGGCAAACUGGAGGAACCAUCCAGACUUAGAAGAAGAGGAAGAACACAGGGAGGAAGUUCUACCCAGGCCAUAUAGGGCAGAACUCAGGAUUGAUCCCAUCCAGCCAGAACAGGGACGAAACCUGCACCUUGUUAAUGCUUUGAACGAUGUGGGGGCAUUACAAAGAAUGAUCAGAGAAAUGAUGGAACCUGAAGCUAGAAGGGGAGAAAGGCCCACUUAUAGGAAGCCAUAUCCGGCUUAUAUCAAUCAGAUACCUCUAUCCCAGGAUUCAAAGUGCCAAACUUCACCUUGUUCAACGGGGAUGACCCCCAUGCUUCGUCGGUUGAGCAUAUAG